UUUUGUAAAACUGACACAAUUGUUUCUUGACAUAACAGCUUUCUGUGUUGCAAAAGACAUUUCUACAUAAAAAUGAACCAUAUCCCAUUGAUCUAUGUUUGGAUAUGCACGAUCGUCUUUGUAUUUGGAUCGAAUGUCAUUAAUGUAGUAGAGGUCAUGACCCCUUCCGGUUGGGUUAGGGGAUAUGAGGAACAACAUAACGAGAGUCAGGUGUACAGAUUCGUAAAAAUUCCUUAUGCCGAACCACCGAUAGGAGAUUUACGUUUCCGAAAAACAAAACCCAUCGGAAAAUGGGAAGGAAUAAAGGGCAUUCGAGGAGUAAAUGCCCCACAGUGUUCUCAAACUCCGGCUCCAACGCCUGGAUUCGAUGUACUGGAAACUGACGAAGAUUGUCUAUAUCUUAAUAUAUACGUACCCGGAAAAAUUUCUGAAGAUAGAAAUCUGUCUGUAAUGGUUUGGAUUCAUGGUGGGGGAUUUGUGUAUGGCGGAGCUAGUCAGUAUAAACCUCAGAAGCUAGUGCUAGGAGGAGAUGUAAUCGUCGUUACAAUUAAUUAUAGAUUAGGUCUUCUGGGGUUUCUAACAUUGCAUGACCCUCUUGCACCAGGAAAUUACGGACUUUGGGAUCAGAUCGAGGCUUUCCGAUGGAUUCAGAAUAACAUUGCAGCAUUCGGAGGUAAUCCAAAUUCCGUUACUAUAUUUGGGCAGUCAGCUGGUGCUAUGAGUGUGAGUCUUCAAACCUUAAUCCCAUCAAACAAAGGGCUUUUUCAAAGAGCCAUUUCACAAAGUGGAGUAGCUUCAUUUUUUUCUAUUUCAAGAAAACGAGAAGAAAAACAGACCAAUGAUAUGUUACUAAGGAAAACGAAUUGCGAAUGUAAAGGGGAUAUUACAGAGACUCUAAAAUGUUUGCGAGAUGUACCGGCAGAAAAAUUAAUAGCGUCAAUAGACUUGACGGAGUUUCAGAAACCUUUAAAUCUAAGUUUUGUGUUUGGUAGCUUGGUUCCAACAGUUGAUGGCGAUUUGUUUAAAGAAAAUAUGGCAUAUCCAAAAUCCUGGCAUGAUGAAGUUUAUAGCUUUUUUCGAAGUAUUGAUUUCAUAUCAGGAACUCUAAACGGAGAAGGAAAUAUGCUGUAUUUGAUGUUUUCUACAGAAAUUCAAAAACAUUUUGAUUUUAACCCAUUCGAACGGGUUCCUGUAAAUGUUUUAUGUGAAAUAACUGCACCAUUGUUCGUAGAUAUAGUUGCUGGAAAUAUUCCGGAAUUAACGCAGGAGAUAUGCAAGUUUUACACUACAACUAAAGGCGACGAUGAGCAAAGUAUGAGAGUGGCUGAUUUCCAUGGUGACUCAUGGUUUAUCGUACCUAGCAAUAACAUGUUAGAAAUUCAUGCAAAAAACAACAAUGAAUCUAAAACUUUUCAAUACUUACUCACCAAACGAAGUCCUUAUCCCUUUUUUCAAGAACCACCAUCCUGGUUUAAAGGGGCUGCUCACGGCGACGAAUUGCAUCUUAUGUUCAAUGUGACUCACGGUCAUGUCCCAGAGGAGACUUUGAAUAAACAUGACUUGGGAGCUGUAGAGAAAUUGUCCAAAAACGUCAUUGAAUAUUGGACUAAUUUCGCCAAGUUCGGUGAUCCCAAUGCGGAGGGACUUCCAAACUGGCCUAUAUUUGAUACUAUCACCAAGAAAUAUGCAAUUCUGGACACCUCAAUAACAGAAGGAGAAAGUUUAAAAGCUAACGCCACACGUCUCCUUAAAAAAGUUUAUCUGAAAGGGCCAGCAAUUGAUUCGCAGGAUGAAUUAUUCAAGAGUAGUCCGUGCACAUCUGACUCUGUGAACCUUAGUCCUGUAAACUCGCUUAUGACUGUAACAUAUUACACAAUAAUGUCCUUGCACGUAUUUUUAGUGCUUUUGCAAAUUAAAUAG